AUGCUAGAAAUAGAGACUUGGCCUGAGAGCCAGAGGAGACAAACAGGCACUGGAGUCGAUUUGCAAAGGAGAGAUUUCCCAGCUCGCAGCAGCAUGAAAAGCCCUGGGUGUGCUCCAAGGCAUCCCAGGUGUCUCAUCGUUUUCAGCUUCUGCCUGGGACUUUCCUUCCUCUCGGGAUUCUUCCAUAUGAAGAGUAAGAGUUACAGAAUCUCAAAGAGCCAAGAGGAGCUGCUGAUCCCUCCCACGCCGUGCCAUGCCAAGACAAACGUCAUGUUCCUCAAAACCCACAAGACUGCCAGCAGCACUGUGCUCAACAUCAUGUUCAGGUUUGCAGAGAGGUACAACCUCACUGUCGCCCUCCCUGCCGACCAGCUCUUCCACCUGGGGUACCCAAGGACUUUCGUGGCCCACUUUGUGGAGGGCUUUGAAACCAUAGGCCAAAAUUACAACAUCAUGUGCAAUCACCUGCGGUUUAACCCCUUGGAGGUCAAAAAGGUGAUGGCAGCCAACACCUUCUACUUCUCCAUCCUGAGGAACCCCAUUCCUCUGCUGGAGUCUUCCUACAUCUACUACAAGGACUAUGUGCCUGCCUUCAGGAACUCCAAGGACGUGAACGAGUUCCUGGAAUCACCCACAAAGUAUUACCACCCUGCAGACUACAGGAAGAACAUCUACGCCAGGAAUAUCAUGUGGUUUGACUUCGGCUACGACAACAACGCGGAGGAUGACACCAACUACACCCAGGCUGUCCUGGAGGAGAUCGAGCAGAACUUCCACCUCAUCUUGAUAGCAGACUACUUUGAUGAGUCCAUGAUCCUCCUGAAGCACACUUUGUGCUGGGAUCUGGAUGAUGUGAUUUACUUCAAGCUCAAUUCCAGAAGCCAGGACACCGUCCAGACGUUGACUCCGGAAAGUGAGGAGCAGAUAAAAGCCUGGUGCUCGCUGGACUGGAAGCUCUACCUGCACUUCAACCAGAGCUUCUGGAGGAGAAUUGAGGAGACCAUAGGGCUGGAGGUGCUGGAAAAGGAGGUGGAUCACCUGCGGACCAGACAGAAGGAGCUCAUGGAGACUUGUCUCUCAGAGCAGGAGGCGGUGAGGAAGGAUCUCAUCAGGAAUAAAGCUCUCCUGCCUUUCCAGUCAGGGGCUGCAAAUAUCCUGGGUUACAACCUCAAACAAGGCUUGGACAACACAACUCUGAGAGCCUGCCAGAAAAUGGUCAUACCAGAGCUCCAGUACACCUCCUACCUUUAUGCUGUCCAACACCCGCACAAGAAGAGGAAAGAUGUGGGAUUGCCAUUGCUGUGGACCAGUCUCCAGGAGAAGAUGCAGCUCCCAGGGUCCAACUAG